UCUUCCUCCGAAAAAAAAAAAACCCAACUUUUUUCCAAAUCCCAAUAUCUCAACUCUCCUUCUCUUCCUUCCUCUUUCGAUCGAUCUCUUCUUCCCAUUGCCUGCAUUGUUGAUCAUUGUUCUUUUCUUGUUACAAUGAGCAGAGAGAAGAAAGCUAACGCGUGUCACUGCUAUCUCUCUGUUCGGGUCUUCUUCCUCGUGAUUAUCCUCAUUGUCUUGGCUUUCUCAAUGCGCGUGGACUGUGCUGCCGAUGACGGCACCGACGACUACGGCGACGGCACCACUAACUACGACAGUCCCGCCGCCCAGGAGAUAUUGUCGGAGCUCGUCUACAACAGCGUUUCUAAUUACACCUCCAUCUUCAAAGACGACAUCUCCAGAGACUAUGGUUUCUGCAUUACCGACGUGGAUUCUGAUUGGAAUGGAGCUUUCAAUUUCUCCAAAAACUCAAAUUUCGUUUCCGCUUGUGCUAGAAAGACUAGAGGAGAUUUAACAAAGCGAUUGUGCACAGCAGCAGAAGUAAAGUUCUACUUUAGCAGUUUCUUAACAACUACAUCAACAAAGAAAACCAAUUACUUGAAACCUAACAAGAACUGUAAUUUAACCUCAUGGGUUUCUGGGUGUGAGCCUGGAUGGGCUUGUAGUGCUGGUUCUAAGAAAGUUGACCUCAAAAAUGGGAAGGACAUGCCUGCUAGGACUACUAAUUGUUCGGCUUGUUGUGAGGGAUUUUUCUGUCCUAAUGGUCUUACUUGCAUGAUACCUUGCCCAUUGGGUGCUUACUGCCCAGCUGCAAAACUCAAUAAAUCUACUGGUGUUUGUGAACCAUACCGAUAUCAGUUGUCUCCUGGGAAGCCAAAUCAUACUUGUGGUGGAGCAGAUAAUUGGGCUGAUAUCUUGAGUAGUGGUGAGGUAUUCUGUCCAGCAGGAUCAUACUGUCCAUCUACUGUCCAAAAACUUCCUUGCCGUAAAGGACAUUAUUGCAGGGCAGGUUCAACAUCUGAACAAAAAUGUUUGAAGUUCACAACUUGUGAGGCAAAAUCAGAAAAUCAGAAUAUAAGUGCAUAUGGUGUCAUGUUUUUUGCUGGAUUAAGUAUCCUUCUUCUCCUUAUAUAUAACUGCUCUGACCAAGUUCUUGCAACUCGAGAAAGAAGACUUGCGAAAUCAAGGGAAAAGGCAGUUCAAAGUGUAAGAGAAACAGCACAAGCACGUGAAAAAUGGAAAUCUGCAAAAGAUAUUGCUAAGAAGCAUGCUAUUGGAUUGCAAACACAAUUUUCCCGUACAUUUUCUCGCAGAAAAUCUUUACGGCAUUCAGAGCAGCUAAAAGGUGGGGGUCAGGCUAAACUUGGAUCAGAUGCUGCCUGGCCACCUGUGCCAUUGAAUUCUCCUGGUGCAUCACAGGAAAUACAUGUAGCAUCAAAAGGAAAGAAAAAGGACAAAAGCGACCUCACAAAGAUAAUAAAUUCUAUUGAAAACGACCCUGAUAGCAAUGAAGGCUUCAAUCUGGAGAUAGGAGAUAAAAAUAUCAAAAAGCAUGCACCAAAGGGUAAGCAGUUGCAUACUCAGAGCCAAAUGUUCAGGUAUGCAUAUGGUCAAAUUGAAAAGGAAAAGGCUUUACAAGAGCAACAUAAGAAUUUGACCUUCUCUGGAGUUAUUUCAAUGGCUAGUGAUAUUGAAAUUAGGAAGAGGCCUACAAUUGAGGUAGCUUUCAAAGAUUUAACCCUCACUUUGAAAGGUAAAAACAAACAUCUCUUGAGGUGUGUGACUGGGAAAAUAUUACCUGGCCGAGUUUCAGCUGUCAUGGGCCCUUCUGGAGCUGGGAAAACAACAUUUCUUUCAGCUUUGGCUGGAAAAGCAACUGGGUGCACCAUGAGUGGUAUGAUUCUCAUAAAUGGAAAGGUUGAAUCAAUCUACUCAUACAAGAAAAUCAUUGGUUUUGUGCCACAAGAUGAUAUUGUGCAUGGAAACUUGACAGUGGAAGAGAAUCUGUGGUUUAGUGCAAGAUGCAGACUCUCAGCUGAUCUGCCCAAAGCAGAAAAGGUUCUAGUUGUUGAAAGAGUCAUUGAGUCCUUGGGGCUGCAAAAUGUGCGAGAUUCUCUUGUUGGUACAGUGGAGAAGCGAGGAAUCUCUGGUGGUCAAAGGAAACGAGUAAAUGUUGGGCUGGAAAUGGUCAUGGAACCUUCACUUUUGAUUUUAGAUGAACCCACAUCUGGUUUAGACAGUUCGUCUUCUCAGUUACUACUUAGAGCACUCAGACGUGAGGCUCUUGAAGGAGUAAAUAUUUGCAUGGUCAUUCACCAGCCAAGUUACUCCUUGUUCAGGAUGUUUGAUGAUUUGAUACUUCUAGCUAAAGGCGGUCUUACGGUGUAUCAUGGACCAGUAAAAAAAUUGGAAGAGUACUUUGCCAGUCUUGGGAUUACUGUCCCUGAGCGUGUUAACCCUCCAGACUACUUCAUUGACAUUCUGGAGGGCAUAGUAAAACUAAGCUCAAGCACCGGGGUAACUUACAAAGAACUUCCCGUUAGAUGGAUGCUUCAUAAUGGAUACCCAGUUCCCAUGGAUAUGCUACAGAUUGUUGAUGGAAUGGCAGCAGCAAAUGGUGAAAAUUCUAGUCCUGGACCGAACAUUUCUAAUGCUGAAUCUGAUUCACGGUCUUUUGCUGGAGAAUUUUGGCAGGAUGUGAAAUUUAGUGUUGAGUUAAAGAAGGACAAUAUACAGCAUAAUUUCUUAAAGUCCAAUGACCUAUCUGACAGGAAAACCCCUAGUGUAUUCCAGCAAUACAGACACUUUCUUGGGAGGGUUGGUAAACAGCGGCUACGAGAAGCAAGGACAUUGGCUGUGGAUUUCUUAAUUUUAUUACUGGCUGGAAUCUGCUUAGGUACACUUGCUAAAGUGAGCGACGAAACUUUUGGAUCGCUUGGUUAUACGUACACAGUCAUAGCAGUUUCUCUUCUUUGCAAGAUUUCGGCUUUGAGAUCGUUUGCACUGGAUAAGUUGCAUUACUGGAGAGAGAGUGCUUCUGGAAUUAGUAGCUUAGCUUACUUUCUAUCAAAAGAUACAAUUGACCAUUUCAAUACACUCGUCAAGCCUCUGGUUUAUCUCUCUAUGUUCUAUUUCUUCAACAAUCCUAGAUCAUCUGUCCUGGACAACUACAUUAUUUUGGUUUGUCUGGUUUACUGUGUGACUGGUAUAGCUUACUCAUUCGCCAUCUUUCUUGAACCCGGUCCAGCACAAUUGUGGUCAGUGCUUCUUCCAGUUGUUUUGACUCUCAUAGCAACCAAUAAUAAUGAUAGCAAAGUUGUGGAUGCUAUUGCUGACUUAUGCUACCCAAAGUGGGCUUUGGAAGCAUUUGUAAUAGCAAAUGCAAAAAGAUAUUCUGGAGUGUGGCUAAUAACACGCUGUGGUUCACUUAUGACAAGUGGCUAUGAUCUCAAUCAUUGGUAUCGUUGUUUGGCCUUCCUCAUCCUUACUGGAAUACUAUUUCGCGCUAUUGCAUUCUUUUUUAUGGUAACCUUCCAAAAGAAGUAAGAAGCAAUGACGUUCUGUGGAAUAAGCAUCAGAUAACUUUGUGCCAAUGGCCACAGUAAUGCAUCUUUUUCACCCAUUCUAUGUGUACAUAAAUGGCAGAAUACUAUACCAAAACUAUUGCCAUAGUAGUAACUCCCAUAGACCUUGCAGACUGCUAGAAAAUGACAGAAGAUUCACUAUGGGGUCAGGUCCUCUCAGAAACCAUUAGACAGUAAUUAUUUCAGGGACAUUCUGAUCCGUACCACAACUGUAGUUCUGGACAAGUGUUGCAUGUAACCUGAUUUAAAGUAGCUGCUCCUAGUAAGGUUUUGCUAGUGUGCUGUAUGCUGUUGUUAUAUGACUAUUUGGCUAUUUGCAUUUGAUUGUCCUAAGCAGAGUUUGUAUUCUCCAAUUACUAGAACACUCAAUAAUUGUUAAGUAUUAGGAUUAGUGAAAAUAAGUAGGUGAACAUAAAAA